AUGGCUCUACCAAACAGACAACAUGCCACUUUGAUUACUGUUCGAGCAAGAAUCAUCUGCACGUCAUCCCUCAAAAAGUUUCGAACGUUACCUGAAUCUGGCAGAGCUCUAGCGUUCAGAGCUACUCUUGAAGUUCUAGGCUAUCAAAGGGUCUUGUUCGUUAUCCUCUUUCGUGCCAAAUAUGUCAUGUAUUCUUAUAAGAAUAAAAAUGGUCUAAACGAGUCCCUUCAACAGUUUGAAUGGGCAAUGAAGCGGUUUGAUGUAAUGGGGAAUCAGAACGUCAUGGCCAAGGCUGCAUUGGGCAUACUGGAAGGCGUGUCCGUCUAUUCGAAUAAAAGCUCUCAUGUCAGCACUAAAUAUUGUGCCUUGCAUGGAGUCGUUUUCGAGUAG